AGCACAUAACUGCCUCGAAUUCGGAACUAAUUGCCCAGUGUGGGGACUGGAUCAGGCCAUUGUGGUGUCGUCCUGAUGAAGUUAAGGCAUGUUAUUGGUGUAGUGGGCCCUUAACUCUCAUUGACCAGUGCCCUGCCAUACUUUGCCAACGCUUGCCAUCUUGGCCGAGGUUGCUUGCACUGGGAGCUCCGGGGUUGAUGGCUGCGGAGAGAUAAACGGUGGAGUGGCGCAUAUCGUUCAGAAACGCGAAGAGGAGCGGAACUCCGGGCGUUUCUCUGUCCCGGUUGCAAUUUGAAAAAAAGAAUCAUUCAACAAUGACGAGAGUGUUAAUGCGUAAUUGUUAUCCCGGCGGUUUCUGGUCGCUGGGACUGAACGAAUAGGCCGGACUGAAAUUGAACGCACCGUGUCAGUUUCACUGCUGGGCGGGGAAGCCGCUUCAUCCACCAGCAGUCGCUUCCAGCUCACGCCGCCACGGUCGGGGGCUGCACUCUCUCCCUGUCUCUCUCUCUCUGGAGGGGGGAAAUCGACAAUUUCAGCGCCCGUAUUUCCUCUUUUAAGUUCCGCUACUUCGGAAAGAAGCGAUCGCCUGAGUUAAUAAUAGCCAGAAGCUGCGGCUGUCAGUCAGGGCAGCCCGCUGCUCCCCCCUUCAUAUCUCCCAAUCCCUUCCCCGUUCUGCCUUCGACCAGCGUCUCCGCCGCUUUCACCAGCCAGGUUUCACUUCCCAGAAAGCCGCCGGCAUUUGGGGUCCUCCACAACCCUUGGAAGAAAUUAAGGAUCGCGACGGAGGGCGUUCAAACCAAGCCCACUCCCAUUGUCUUUGUGUUUAGUCUUUUGAGAGCCCACUUUUGUAGCGACUGUCAUAUCGAAAACGUGAGGGUAAAGUUCAGCUUCCCGCAGCAUUACUUCCUGGCUUCGGCGAUGGUGCUCGAUCCAGGAGCCCAGGCUUUGGCCAGGCCUCAGAACAGGAAGGACGCCAGUGCGAGCCGACCACUGAAGGAGGAGGCUGAGAGAAAGAGCAGCGAGAGGAACGGGAUUCGGCCGCAGAGCAGCCCCUCCACCGCACAGCGGGAGGCCCCUUUGAGGACUAUAUCCCAGACCUCCGGGAAACUGGGUUGCAACCUGAAGAGCAACAGGUCCUCAGCAGCGGGGUCCGGCCUUGUCAGUAAUGGACAGUGCAGCUGGAUGAGGCGGAGUGAAAGCUCCUUCAGUGUGAACAGUGCUGGCUCUAGUCACUCCCGAGCCAGGAUCAGGAACGCCACAUCCCUCCCUCACAUAGCCCGGCACAUCCCACAGGAGCCGCCUCCCGUUAAAAGCCCGUGCCUCUUGGUGGCGCUGAGACCAAUGAACGUUGACAAGGAGAAAGAGGCGUUUUUCAAAUCCAACUACACCUACAACCCUCAGUUUGAGUAUUCCGAACCUCUCAGCAGUAGCAUAAUGAGCAAGUACAGUGUGGCUUCUGAUCGCUUCAUCGAGCAGGCUGUGCGGAUCAUGAAGAGCGUGGUCAAGAUGUACGGCAGCUAUGAGAAUUUUGAAGUGGCCACCGGGGGCGCCAUGCUGUCAAAGAGCAAAAUAUGGACCUGCAUCAGGAGCUACAUGCGCAAGGAAGGUUGCUCUGGAGAGGUGGUGGUGCGGCUGAGUGACGACCUACUGUCUCAGGCGGUGAUGAUGGUGGAGAACUGUCGGCCCACGCUCACCAUUAACCUGGCGGGGGCGCGCCAGCACUGGCUGGAGGGAAUGCUGCGGCACGAAAUAGGGACGCACUACAUUCGAGGAGUCAACAACAGCCACCAGCCCUGGCACAGUGCGGCGGGCAGGAAGCAGUAUGGCCUGAAGCCAGCUAACCCAACAGAAGAAGGCCUGGCCAGCUUGAACAGUGUUCUGUACCGCAAGUACCCAUUCCUGUGGCGAGCAGCUCUGCUCUACUACACCGUCUUCCAGGCCAGUCGGAUGGCCUUUAGCCAGCUCUUUGAAGACAUUGCUAAGUUUGUGGAGGACCCGAACACUCGAUGGGAGUACUGCGUACGAGCCAAGAGAGGGCAAACAGAUACUUCUCAACCAGGUUGUUUCAGUAAGGACCAGGUGUAUUUGGAUGGUGUGCUAAUGCUUCUUCGAUACCGGAAAACCAUCGACUUCAAGAUGCUGGCAGCGCUGGGAAAGGUUUCAUUCGAGGAUGUGGAGCACCUGAAGAAAUGCGCCAUCCUGCAGAACACGCGGAUCCCGCACUUCAUGCGAGACCAGGCCCGCUACCUGGAGCAGUUACACCACAUCACUGCAGUCAACGGCCUGACGGACGAGGAGCUGCUGAGGCUAAUCCCCAAGUAGACUGUGCCAGCAGUGGAAGUGUCUGGGGUGGAAGGGGGGAGGGCCUCUUGAGGUCUUCCCAUCCAGCUUUGUUGUUAAAUGCACUAUUUCACUGCAGCGUGUGCAUGCACAAACACACGCACACACAUAAACAGACACAUGCACACACACACGUAUACACAUACACACAUACAGAUAGACACACACAUACACACACACACAAACAGACACAUGCACACACACACGUAUACACAUACACACAUACAGAUAGACACACACACACAUGCACACACACAUGUAUACACAUACACACACAUACAGAUAAACAUACACAUACACAUAAACACACACACACACACACGUAUAUACAGACACACACACAUACACAUAAACAGAAACACACACACACGUAUACACAGAUACACACACAUACACAUAAGCAGACAGACACACAUACACGUAUAUACAGACACACACACAUAAACAGAAAUACACACAUACACGUACACAAAUGCAGACACAUGCAUACAUAUAUAACACACACACAUACAGACACACACACAUGCACAGACACACAUAACCAUACUCAUAAACAGACACAUAUCUGCACAUAUGGGGACAUACACGCAUACACAAACACACAGACAGACCACCAACACAAAGGCACAGAGGCCUUAGUUUUUUUUUGUGGCGAUGCAUUUGAGCAUCUACAAAGAUUUGUAUGAGAAAAAAUUUGGGAUUUGUACCUCCUGAAGCCAAAGCCUGGAGCUGCAGCUUCACCCUCUGACUUCCAUCCUGUGUGCCAUGUUUUUCCUAUUUAAAAGUAUUUAUUGUUUGCAAAGGUGCUGCUUUUUAAAGAAAAUUAUUUUAACGACUUGCUGGAGAGAGGAAACAAAAGAAAAAAUGUGGAAAGAGAACAACACAGUCACACUGGCAUCACCGUUGUUCAAUGUGCAGUACAUUUGUGAUUAGGACUUUUUACACGCACAAGACUUUCUCCAGCCCAGGCAGGGGGACAUCGCUGGCUGAACUCUCCAUUUCUGCCAGAGGAAUCUCCCGUUUAAACUGGUUCCCUGUUUGUGUUUCGAAAGCAUGAAAGGCUUAAAUAAGAAUUAGAAAUGAAACCAGAAAAUGCUGAAAAACAGCUGGGAGGUCAGGCAGCAAUUGUGGAGAGAGAAACAUAGGUGACACUUUAGGGUUGAUGACUUUUCAUUCGACGUGGAAGAUAAAGAUCAAUAACUUUGUGGAAGAUACAGCGUCAGGGAAACGAAGGUUGGCAGUUGAAGAGGAGGAGAGGUCUGUGGUAUUUGGAAGGCAGGGUAAUUAAACGGCAGAUGGAAAAAUGGAGCCAAGGACGGUAGCAAUAGGUAGGUCGAGAGGAAAUGGAAUAGUGAAUGGUGGAAUUUUUACAGGAUGGGAAGCAUAGAAAAUCUGGAAAAGAGGGAAAAGAGGUGCAGAUUGACCAAUAGGGUGUGGACUACUGCAGGAGCAAUGUACCAUUCAGAAAUCCUAUCAAAUUAGCUGGGUUGCUGGCUUUUGAUUUGUAAUACUGACUUGUACUGAGGAUAAAAGGCAUAAUUUCAAAGCUUGACAAUGACAUGAAACUCGGAAGUGUAGUCAGGAACUUCAAGAGCUCAUGGACCGUGAAAUCAGCAGACAGGAUUUAAUGCAGACAAGUGUGAAGUGAAGGGCUGUGUUAUGAGGACACAGGAGAGGCAAUAUGAAUUAAAUGGGAAUAUGUUAAGGGUGCUUCAGGAGCAGAUUCAGUGAGCCUGCACACUGAUCUACGAAUGUGGCAGAUCAGGUUGUGAUGGUUGCUCUAAGAGCACAUAGAAUUUAAGGUGUUAAUCAUAAGAAGUUAUGUUAAAACUUUAUAAAACCGUGUUCUGUUCCGGACACCACAAUUUAGAAAGGAUGUAAAGGGGAGGGUAGAGAGGAGGUCUACUGGAGAGACAAAAGAGGAACUUUAGUUGCCUUGGGAGAUUUUUCUUCAUGGAGCAGGGGAAGUUCUGUGAUUUGAUGGAGGUGUUUGAUAUAAUAUCCAAUCAUGAUAAGUUAAUUAGGGAGACAGGUCUGGUGGGUACGGAGAUCCACACUGUUGUCAGAGGAUACAAAUUCAAGUCCACUACAAAACGCACCAGGACGAGAUUAUGAAACAAACUCAGCAGAUUGUUCUGCUCUAGACUCAGGUAGCAGAUGGAAGCCGAAUGAAUACUGAAUUUCAAAGGAAAAUCAGAUAAUGCUUGAAGGGGAAAACCCACCGGGCUAUGGAGAAAGAGCAGGGUAGCGUGACUCUCAGAGCAGGGCCUACAUGACGGGUUAAUGGUCCUCCCUCUGCGAGCAUCCUUCUGUAACUCUGCGAUGUUUGACAGACCCUGAACCAGACUAAGGUUAGGACCACAGUCAGUCUUCUGAUAUCUGCUGAUGGAAACAAACUGCAGACACAGGGAACCUUGUAAUGAAAGCCACCAUUUCAUAACACGCAGAAAUAACUGUGGAUAAAAAAAAUGAUCCGCUGUUCAUAGCUGGGAACUCUGGUGUCUGGUUUCAGUUAGAAAUUUCCGGAUGUAGCAGUGAGUCUAGAGCUCGAUGAGUGACAGCUCCAAAAGCAGCUGUGCUGGUAAUAUUAACUCCCUUUACUGGAUGUGAUAACGGUAGACCUUUGAGAUGGGGUAACAAUGAGUCUCUGGGUUAUUCAGGCGUAUAUCCCCACCAACUGUUCUGCAUCUGUUGGGCUUUUCUCCCUGAUAGUCAUGGAUGGAGUUUGCCCUGUCUGCCCUCCCCCCUCCCUAAACAUUUAAUGGGGUUGGUUCAGGUUUGGGCAGCCCCAUCGUGACCUCUGACAUCACUGAUGCCAGGAGGAUCCUCACAGAUCAUGCAGUCAUUAAGCGACUGGACUGACCAGUGACAUUAGUCGUUGGCCACUCUCAAGGCGACCACCUACUUGCACACCUGCAGCACUGGCCCUGCUCAAAAUGGACGUUGGGUAUUGCGAAUAAUCAAUGCACCUCUUAGGGUGACAUGAAACCUUUAAUGACUGGGAUCAGCAGCCAAUGGGAACUGAAGAUUAAUCUCUAGGAAACUAAUGUGGGAAUCUUUGUGAGAAAAAUCACAGUCAUUCAAGGAGGGUGGGUUUUUGUUUUCUUUUUUGAGAACUUAUUUAUUGGGUUGUUGAGGUUUUGCUGAUUUGGGGAAAUAAAAAGCUGUUUACAUAGGGCGGGGGAUAAAUGGAGAUAAUGAAUCUUCCAGAAGCUUAUCCAGCUGGUGUUGGCAACCCAGGGUUCACACAGAGGGUGAAACCCUGCUCUUUCUGGAGGGAUUUCCGGACAGCUGGACAGGAAAAAAGUGCUGAGUGUGUUUUUAAAACAGAUUUUUUUAAAUGUCAUUAUUUAAAGGAGUACUCUGGAAGUUUAAUGUCAUCUUUAACUAAAAUAUGGAAACAAAUGAAAGAGACUGUUUCUUUUUUUUUAAUCCCGAACAGGGUUAUGUACUGUGUCGUGUUCAAUAAAUUUGAAUUGAUGGAA